AUGGAGAACGGUCUCCCCGAAGAUAUCUCUGAUUCAACUCAGUUACCCGACUCAGAAAAUGACCAACGAGUCUACUUUGUUCCUUACAGAUGGUGGAAGGAUGCAGAAGAUGCAAUGACAUCGAGUGAAUCGGAUGGGAAGAGAGGGGUUUUGUAUAUGGCAACUCCAGCUUCGUCGUAUGCAGGUCCUAUGAAGCUUAUAAAUAACAUCUUCAAUUUGGAUCUUGCGUUUAAUUUGAGGAGAGAAGAGGAUUCUUUGCAGAAUGGUGAAAGUGGUGAAGUAGGUGUAUCUGGGCGGGAUUUUGCGUUGGUUUCUGGAGAAAUGUGGUUGCAGGCACUUAAGUGGCAUAGUCAUGCUAAAGUUGCGGCAAAGUGUGGAAAAACCUUUUCUGCUGCAGAAGAUGACAUGUCAGAUGUCUACCCUUUACAACUCAGGCUUUCUGUACUGCGAGAGACAAAUUCAUUAGGAGUAAAAGUUAGCAAAAAGGCAAGUAGAGAUAGAAGCUCAGGUGGAGAACUCAGACUAUCAUCAUCAUCAUCAUCAUCAUCAUCUCCACCACCACCACCUGGGGACAAUGCAACUGAGCUUUUCAGAAGAGCCUGCAAGAUUUUCAGUCUUGAUUCUGAGAUGCUUCGCAUCUGGGACUUUUCUGGGCAGACAACCCCUUUUUUCAUAAAUGACAAAUCUGAGUUCCCGAAGGACUGUCAGCGGCAGACUGAUCAGGAGUGGAGCCAUCCUGGAUGCUCUGCUAUACCUCCUGCUCAACAGCCUCUCCAUGAAGCUGACAUUUCUUUAAGGGAAAACCAUAUGCUUCAUCAUUUUGCUAAUUUGUUAUCAUCUCUUGAAUGGCUGAUUGUUUCAUGCAAUUGCAGCGGUUCAAAUGAGAAACUUCUCUUGGAGUUGCAAAUUUAUGGAUUAUCCGAUAACAUAAAGUGCAGAGAAGGGAAGAAAGACGAUAUGGCUGUACAAAAUUCUAAUGGAGCAUAUUCUUCUGGAACUUCACUUGCUAUGAACGGAGGUGCUGGCAAUACAAGCACCUGUACUUUCCGCACCAAUUCUUCAGCAUUUAUUGGCAGAUCCGGAGAAGCUGGUUCCUUGGGCUUGACAGGCUUACAGAAUCUUGGGAAUACUUGCUUCAUGAAUAGUUCCGUUCAGUGCUUAGCACACACACCAAAGCUUGUAGACUAUUUUCUUGGAGAUUAUGGUAGAGAAAUAAACCACGAGAACCCAUUGGGAAUGAACGGUGAGAUUGCCUUAGCUUUUGGGGAUUUGUUAAGGAGAUUAUGGGCUCCGGGAGCAACUCCAGUGGCUCCAAGAACAUUCAAGUCAAAGCUUGCUCGUUUUGCUCCUCAAUUCAAUGGCUUUAAUCAGCAUGAUUCUCAGGAAGUCCUUGCUUUUCUGUUGGAUGGACUCCAUGAGGAUCUCAAUCGUGUGAAAUCCAAACCUUAUGUAGAAGCCAAAGACGAGGAGAGUCGGCCAGUCGAAGAAGUAGCUGAUGAGUAUUGGCAGAAUCAUGUGGCUCGCAAUGACUCUGUUAUUGUCGAUGUUUGCCAGGGUCAAUAUAAAUCAACUCUAGUUUGUCCUGAUUGCAGAAAGGUUUCUGUCACAUUUGAUCCAUUUAUGUACCUGUCACUACCUCUACCUUCAACAAAUACCCGGACUAUGACUUUGACAGUUGUGAGUGCCGAUGGCAGUACCCAGCCAGAUUCAUAUACCAUUUCCGUGCCAAAGUUUGGAAAAUGUGAAGAUCUUCUCCAAGCUCUAAGCAUUGCAUGUUCUCUAGGGAUUGAUGAGACACUAUUGGUGGCAGAGGUAUACAACAAUCGCAUUAUACGAUUUCUAGAGGAGCCAGCAGAUUAUUUGUCCUUAAUCAGAGAUAAUGACCGCUUGGUUGCUUAUCGGUUAAAAAAAGAUUUUGACAAUGUCCCCUUGAUUGUUUUUAUGCAUCAGCACAUGGAGGAGCAUUACUUCAAUGGGAAACUUACUUCAAGUUGGAAAGCAUUUGGAAUCCCUCUAGUAGGGAAAGUCCAUAAUAUUGUCAGUGGAUCUGAUAUUCACAAUCUAUAUGUGCAAUUGCUUGCUCCAUUUCGGACAACUCCUGAUGGUGCCUUGGAGAGCACUGCAGUUGAAGAAGUGAAAGGGAUGGAGGAUAACAAUAGUUCCACUCCUGAUGGGGAUGCAAAACCCUGCAGUGCAGAAGGGGUUGAAUCACCAUCAGAUUCUGAACUACAGUUUUAUUUAACAGAUGAGAAGGGAACAGUCAAGGAUGAAAACAUAGUAAUGAAUGAGCCUGUAUCAAAGAUAGGAGCACACGGGCGGUUUAAUGUGCUUGUAUGUUGGCCAGAAAAACUGACUGAGCAGUAUGACACAAGCCUUCUUAGCUCAUUACCUGAGGUUUUCAAGUCUGCUUUUUUUGUGAAGAGACCUCAGGAAUCUGUUUCUCUAUACAAGUGCCUUGAAGCAUUUUUAAAGGAGGAACCUCUUGGACCAGAAGACAUGUGGUACUGUCCAAGUUGCAAGCAGCAUCGUCAAGCCAGUAAAAAGUUAGAUCUCUGGAGACUGCCAGAGAUUCUGGUUAUUCAUCUAAAGAGGUUCUCGUAUACCCGGUCUGCAAAGAACAAGCUAGAGACAUAUGUUGACUUCCCGAUUGAUGAUCUUGAUUUGUCAACUUACCUUUCCUACAAGAAUGGUCAGUUAUCCCAUCGUUACAUGCUUUAUGCUAUCAGUAAUCACUAUGGAAGCAUGGGAGGCGGUCAUUACACUGCAUUUAUCCAUCAUGGGGGUGAUCGGUGGUAUGACUUCGAUGAUAGUCAUGUUUGUCCAAUCAGCCAGGAGAAGAUAAAGACUUCUGCUGCUUAUGUUCUUUUCUACAGAAGAGUUUUGGAGUAG